CGAAAAAAAAUGGCGGAGGCAGAAACUUUGAGCUCGUAUAUGAACAAUAAUAUCAUCCGUGGGACUCCUUCCCCGCUGCCUAGACCUUAUUUACCUGCAUUGCCACCUCGUACAACGACUAAACCAUCGUAUUCUAGGUAUCUUGAAGAAGCUCCGGUGACUGCUUUGCAAGGUGUUAUUGCCGAUGCCCGUGAACCACCAAAGCCCCCGAAACUCCAAAGGAGCCGUAACCGCCUGCAUGUUGGCAGCACAAAUAGAUGGCGGCUUGCAAAUUCUCUGGGAAGUGACCUACUUGGUUCAAACCAGGCACUUAAAGCUGCUAGUAGCUCUUACAAUGAUACUAUUAUGGCACUUAUGACAGCUGAUAAUCCCAUGACAAUGUAUCACCAUGAUAGCACAGAGCCUGCAACUAGCUCAAAAGUACCUACACAUAGCUUGAUCUCACCAAGGUUUCUAAAAUCACAACCUGCACUGUCUAGUGUGGUGUGGAGAACAGGAGCUUCUCAAUGCAUGUUAAAAUCUCAGCCAUUUACGUCAUUGGGCUCAAGCAGACAAAGGUAUACUGAUGCUGAAAGAGAGCAAGGCAUACCUACCCCAUCCCAACUGAAACAAAUAGAAUUCCAGAAAAAUUUCUUGCCUCCAAAUAUGCGAUGUCCAACUCCAAUGGAGCUGUUUCUGCAUCGAUCACAGACUGCAAAUGCAUACAAAACACCAGAUGUCAUUCUCCAUGCAUUGGACACAACAUGGGAGCUACAUAAGCCUUUCCUACAGAAGUCUUCUUUACUUAGUGCUAUGGUUAGAAGAGCUGACCAGUCAGGGUUGAAACUCAUCUCGGAAGAAGAUGAGGAUAUGUCUACUGCUAUUGCUAGAGUGACAGAUGCGGGGAGUGUAUAUCUCCAAGCCCUAAAGACAGCUGCCGCUAGAGAGACAAAAGGAAUCUACAAUGAUCGAUACGCGGAGAACUUUCCUAAGACCUCUAGCUUUAUGGACAGAGUACUGACACUAAAACUGAGAAUAAGAGAUCCUCUAAUUACCAAGCACAGUUUCGCCCGURCUUUAGCAGCGCUAUUUGAAACAGAGAAUGAGAUGAACGUACAGCAAUCAGAUGUUGUAGGAGUUCUGGCUGCUGCUCAUUUUCUGGGCUUCGCAGCUCUAGAACGAGUGUGUGCCAAUGUAAUGCUCAAUGCAAUUGAUUCCUGGUCCGUCUGUGCCUUUCAUGCCGCAGCAACUAAAUAUAAACAAGUAACAGUGGCUGAAUCGUGUGAGAGAUGGCUCGAGGUCAACGUCGUUCCACAGCUGAGCGUGCAAAUCUAUCUCAGUCAUCUCCCUCAAGACCUGUUGGAAAAGACUCUGAAAUCAACCAGGUUGUUCACAUGGAGUGAGUACUCUUUGUACAAGCUUCUUUGUUAUUGGAUCUUUUUACAGCAGCACCCAAAUCUACAGCUUAUGCCAUCUUGGGGUACUGUAGUCACGUGGUUCAUGAGCUUGCCUAAGACCAGUUCUUUCCUGGAAAGAGAAGAGGGAUAUGGUUAUGUUAGCUUGUUUAGAAGCGUCAGAAUGGACGGAAUAACAGACAGUUCCCAACUUGACGAAGUUCAAAAGAUGAACGUCAUACCACCACCAUGGUUACUGAGUAUAUACAGCCAACAUUAUCAUGCACUUCAGGGUGGUGGAGACAUGUCUCUUAUGACCAAAUUCGAUCAAGGAGCGAUAAGGAUUGGUUUUAUAAUCGAACAGCAUAUACAGUACCAUUCAGAAAUCGUUUCUCUCCACGGAUUCUACUUCGAAGUGAAGGCUAUUAAGAGCGACAGUGAAAGUUCAGAUUAUUCCUUCUCUAUCCAGCGGCUGAAGCCCAACGACCCAGUCCUUUCGUUCAAAGCCUGUGAAAGACACACGUUCUCCAUGCGUCAGGAUCGAGAGGUACGGUACUGUUUACGUGUUCAGUGGAUUUCCAAAGAUGUCUAUAAAGUUUAUACAUCAGGAGUGAAAAAUCAAUUAUUUGGAUUCACUGGAAAGAUGAAACAAAGCGAGAGUAUUAAAGUGGAAGACGUUGGCAUGCCUUUGUAUGUCACGGUGUUCUUAAUGUUCCCUCCAUCCUGACAGAUCCUCGAUCAGAUAUCGACACAGAUUUUAUAUCCAUUUCCACUAAAAGAAUAAACGAGUGAACCUUUUAGAGUGAAAAUUUCUAUGAAAUAAGAAUUUAUUUGGUGGUUCAUACAAAAAAUAAAAUAAAAUAAAAAAUAUAUAUAUAUAUAUACUGAGGUGGAUGCGGCUGAAUCUCUUGUAAUAAAAUUGCAGAAAAACUA